AAUAAUACUUAGAAAGAUUCCAACUGCCUAAGCCACCAAAACCUUUUAUAUAUAUUCCGUUGUAACAGAAGACUUUUGGAAUCAUAUAUGCAAAGACAAAAGCAAAAGCUAAGGAAAAGCGAGGAUUGAUUCGCAAAGUAGAUCAAGACGAGUGAGAAAGAAGAAUCACAAAAAGAGCAAUUUGGUCGAAGCUCCAACAUGUCGGAGGCCCUCCUCUUGUCGCUGAUACAGAAGCUGGAAAAUUAUCGAGGGUACAAUUCCCCCUCAAAUGAGAAUGAAAGAAAUGAGGAUAAUACAGAUGAUGAUGAAACAGAUGAGGAUGAGGAUGACGAUGAAACAGAUGAUGAUGAUGACGAUGAUGAUGAAACAGAUGAGGGUGAGGAUGAAACAGAUGACGAGGUUGAAACAGAAGAGGAAAUGGGAAGGGUAACUAAAGAGAUGAGAGAGAUUCUGGAUAUUGUGAGGGAUAAGAAAUUGGAAGAGGGAAGAACCCUAAAUUUUUUUGUAUCUGACCUCGUCGACGUUGCUGCCGAUGCCCUCCACCAUUCUAAAAAACGCAAAACCAAUCAAUGGAAGUAUGAGUCCAUCCAUAGCUGGAUUGCAGAGAUCCAAACGCAGAUGCUUAAAUUCGGAGAUGAUGGAGCGGAGACGGAGUCCAACAUCAGAUCAUCAGAAAAUAAUUAUGACAAAUAUGUGGUGGGCUUGGACGAAGAUGUGAAAAUGCUGCUUCACACAAAGAUUAUCAAAGCGAAACAAUACAACAGUUGGACUGUUCUUCUCAAAGGGAUGGCCGGUACCGGAAAGACAACUCUUGCGAGAGAGAUAUACGACCAUCCAACCGUCGUUAAGCACUUCGAGCGCCGUGCUUGGGUAUCUAAUUCUGCUUACUUCACUAUGAAAGAGCUACUUAUCAAACUCAUACAACAGGUAGUUCCUCAGAAACUCCGUAAAUCUUCGUUAUUGGAGAAUAUGGACAACCGAAGCCUCCGAGAUAUGCUUUGCCAACACCUGCGAGGAAGGAGAUAUCUUAUAGUUCUCGACGACAUGCCCAAACAACUACGCUUCCUUUCUUUCUUUGAUGAUCUUCCACGAGACAAUGGAAGUAGAUUGCUGCUCACAAGUCACAUAACGCAUACAGACAUAUAUGAAAAGGAUUUAGAUGUUCAUCAGAUGAAACCUUUGGAUGCUGAGAAGAGCUGGCAAUUGUUUGUGAAAACAAUAAACCAUGGCAAUAGAUUGACAGGUGAGCACAAAUUCCCAAAGUCCUUGGAGCAUAUGGGAAAACAAAUGUUGAGAAAAUGUGAUGGCCUGCCAUUAGCUAUAAAAGAGGUGGGAAAGCAAUUAUUGGAAAAAAAACUCACAAGUGGGAGUGAAUGGGAACAACUUCUUGAAUCAGUUGAUUUUGGUUCAACAAUGAAGUUAUUGGAAUUGUUUUUUCAGAAAUUGGAUCCCGAGCUCGAGCCAUUCGUCAUGUAUAUGGCCUUCUUUAAGGAAAAUACAACUUUGAGGGCAGAAAAGUUGGUACAGAUUUGGGUUGCAGUAGGAGAAGUGGAAGAAGAAUCUGAAUGUAAAUCAUAUCUACAUGAUUUAGCUAAUGAAUCUGUUAUUGUAGUCAAGGAGAAGAGCACGGAGUAUCGCAUGAAUGGUAUGCUACACAUGCUAGCCGUCCAGAAAGCAGAGGAGAAACUAGGUUUUGAGAUCCUAAGGAACGAUGGAAAUAAUCUACCCUCUCAGAGUCUUCGUCAUCAUCGUGUUAUCAUAUGUAGCAGAGACAAGUUCAACUACUCCACAGAUCACGAUAAACAUCUUGUUUCUCUCUUCUUCCAUGGAGGUGGCUACUUGGACGCUAGUCCGUCCUAUUGGAAGAGCUUGAAACAACGACUUAGGAUACUCGACUUGGAAGAUUUUGGGGUGAAGAAUUUACCGGAAAGUGUUGGCACAUUGAUUAAAUUAAGAUACUUGGGAUUGAGAAAUAAUCACAUACAAGAACUCCCAGACAAUUUGGGGUGCUUGAAAAAGCUUGAGGUUCUCGACAUAUCUCAGAACUUUAUGGUGGAGGUGCCGGAUGUUAUAUGCAAACUGGGCCGCCUUCGCCACCUCUACUUGUCUAAUGUGAUUUUCAUGAAGGAUUUGAAGAUAGCCGCGCUUCGGAAUCUGGAGACCUUAACCUACAUCUCAAUUGAUAAUUGUAAGCUCUCGGGCUUUGAAAAGAUGAUUUGUCUUAAGAAAUUGGGCAUAGAAGAAUUGGAUGGAAACUCAGAUGUAAGCAAGCUCUUUGCAUCAUUAGCUCAGUUGAGGAGCCUCGAGCACCUAAUCUUAAGAGGGUAUCGUUUCAGAAGCAUGCCUUGUUUGGAUAAACUUGGUAUUCUACAAAGUGUUCGUACACUCAAAUUGGAUGGACUCCUUGGCAGGCUUCCAACAAGUUUCCCUCCAAAUAUUGAAUCAUUGACGUUGGUUAAUAGCUGUCUUGAUGAAGAUCCCAUGCCAAUACUAGGGAAGUUACCCAAGCUAAAAUACCUCAAAUUGCGGAAUGCAUACAUUGGUAAACAAAUGGUGAUCUUGCACAACGGCUUCCCUCUUCUCAAAGUCUUGUGCAUCGAAGAGUUGUGGAAUCUGAGAAAUGUGCAAUGUGAAAGACUUGCAAUGUAUUGGCUCAAGAAAUUAGAAAUCAGUGAUUGCCCAUAUCUGGAUACCCUAUCGGAAGCGAUUGAGAGGAUGUACAAGCUGAAGGAAUUAAAGAUGGUGACAACCAAAAUUAUUGCAGCAAAGGUGAGGAAUUCAGCCUUGAUAUCCAAAAUAAAGACCGUGAAUAUCAAUUCAUGAGCUAGUGCAGUUGUUAAUUUGCGUUAUUGUUAUGUAU